AUGGAAACUUCGCGUAACACGCACACUCGUCCAUUUUUGCAACUAUAUAAUCGCCAACUUUCUCACUCAGGAUUUCUUUUCCUUUUCAACUUAGCAAAAUCUAAUUUACUCAAGAUGUCCGACACUAAGGUUGAAACCCAUGAGUUUACCGCUGAGAUUUCUCAGUUGAUGUCUUUGAUCAUCAACACUGUCUACUCCAACAAGGAAAUUUUCUUGAGAGAGUUGAUUUCCAAUGCUUCCGAUGCUUUGGACAAGAUUAGAUACGAGGCUUUGUCUGACCCAUCCAAGUUGGAGACUGAGCCAGAGUUGUUCAUUAGACUCACUCCAAAGCCAGAACAAAAGGUUUUGGAAAUUAGAGAUUCUGGUAUUGGUAUGACCAAGGCUGACUUGAUCAACAACUUGGGUACCAUUGCCAAGUCUGGUACCAAGGCUUUUAUGGAAGCUUUGUCUGCCGGUGCCGAUGUUUCCAUGAUUGGUCAAUUCGGUGUUGGUUUCUACUCUUUGUUCUUGGUUGCUGACCACGUUCAAGUGAUCUCCAAGCACAACGACGAUGAACAAUAUGUUUGGGAAUCCAAUGCCGGUGGUAAGUUCACCAUCACUUUGGAUGAGACCAACGAAAGAAUCAAGCGUGGUUCUAUCAUUAGAUUGUUCUUGAAGGAGGACCAAUUGGAAUACUUGGAGGAGAAGAGAAUCAAGGAAGUCGUCAAGAGACACUCCGAAUUCGUCUCCUACCCAAUUCAAUUGGUUGUUACCAAGGAAGUCGAAAAGGAAGUCCCAGUUGAAGAGGAGGAAGAAGCUAAGGAUGAAGAAGACAAGAAGCCAAAGUUAGAAGAAGUUGAAGACGAGGAAGGCGAGAAGAAGGAAAAGACUAAGAAGGUCACUGAAAAGGUCACUGAGACUGAAGAAUUGAACAAGACCAAGCCAUUAUGGACUAGAGCCCCAUCUGACGUUACCCAAGAGGAGUACAACGCCUUCUACAAGUCCAUCUCUAACGACUGGGAAGACCCAUUGGCCGUCAAGCACUUCUCUGUUGAAGGUCAAUUGGAAUUCAAGGCUAUCUUGUUUAUUCCAAAGAGAGCUCCAUUCGAUGCUUUCGAGUCCAAGAAGAAGAACAACAUCAAGUUGUACGUUCGUCGUGUCUUCAUCACCGAUGAGGCUGAAGAGUUGAUCCCAGAAUGGUGCUCUUUCGUCAAGGGUGUUGUUGACUCUGAGGACUUGCCAUUGAACUUGUCCAGAGAAAUGUUGCAACAAAACAAGAUCAUGAAGGUCAUCAAGAAGAACAUUGUUAAGAAGUUGAUUGAGACUUUCAACGAAAUUGCUGAGGACCAAGAGCAAUUCGAGAAGUUCUACACUGCCUUUGCCAAGAACAUCAAGUUGGGUAUCCACGAGGACCAACAAAACAGACCAGCUUUGGCUAAGUUGUUGAGAUACUACUCCACCAAGUCUACUGAGGAAUACACCUCCUUGUCUGACUACGUUACCCGUAUGCCAGAGCACCAAAAGAACAUUUACUACAUCACUGGUGAAUCUAUCAAGGCUGUUGAGAAGUCUCCAUUCUUGGAUGCUUUGAAGGCUAAGAACUUCGAAGUUUUGUUCUUGGUUGACCCAAUUGACGAAUACGCCAUGACUCAAUUGAAGGAAUUCGAAGACAAGAAGUUGGUUGACAUUACCAAGGACUUCGAGUUGGAGGAGACCGAGGAAGAGAAGAAGCAAAGAGAGAAGGAGAUUGAGGAGUUUGAGCCAUUGACCAAGGCUUUGAAGGAAAUCUUGGGUGACCAAGUUGAGAAGGUUGUCGUCUCCCACAAGUUGGUUGACGCUCCAGCUGCCAUCAGAACUGGUCAAUUCGGCUGGUCCGCUAACAUGGAAAGAAUCAUGAAGGCUCAAGCUUUGAGAGACACCACCAUGUCAUCUUACAUGUCUUCCAAGAAGACUUUCGAAAUCUCUCCAAAGUCUCCUAUCAUCAAGGAGUUGAAGAAGAAGGUCGAGGCUGAUGGUGCAGAGGACAAGACCGUUAAGGACUUGACCACCUUGUUGUAUGAGACUGCUUUGCUUACCUCUGGUUUCUCCUUGGAAGAGCCAUCUUCUUUCGCUGGUAGAAUUAACAGAUUGAUUUCUUUGGGUUUGAACAUCGAGGAGGAUGACGAGGUUGAGGCUGAGGUCGGUGCUACCUCUACUGCUUCUACUGACGAGCCAGCUGUUGAGUCCGCUAUGGAGGAGGUUGACUAA